AUGCAUGAAGAGGGAGCGCCAACAGAGCAAGAACUUGGAAAGAGCCUGAUCGACGCAGCGGCCGAGGCUGGAGUCGAGCAUCUUAUCUACAGCGGCCUUGCCUCUGCCUCCAUCAUCACGAAAAGUGCUCUGCCAAAUGAAAUCAUUGAUGAUAAAUACGCCAUCUCGGAAUAUGCAAAGAGCAACAGCAACUUCAAAUCGGCCACAAUCGUCAGUCCAGGAUGGUAUCUAGAGAACCACCUCCCGGAGGAGAUGGCCCCAUUUUGCGGAGGUUUCCCCUUCAACCAAGAUGACGAGGGCUACCUAGCUCUGCGGUUUCCGCGAUGGGGCACAGACGAGAUACCAUUUGUCUCAAUCACCGAGGAUUUCGGCGACUUUGUCCACGGCGUGCUACUCGCCCCAGAAUGGUACCAUGGCAAGUUUAUCCAAGCAAUCAGUGUCAAUGCGAAGGCGGAGGAGCUUGUGAGUGCCUUCGAGAAAGUCACUAGGAAGAAGUCUCGCUUCGUGCCGAUUGAAGACUGGAAGACGAUGGACACGUACGGGGCUACGGAGUACAUCACUAUCAGGGACAUGUUUGGGUUCUGCCAGAUUUCUGGCGGGCUCUAUUGUGGCCGGCCGAAUGAUACGAUGGACGCAAAACAGCUCAAAGCUGCGGCUGCAGCGGCAAAAGGCCAAGACAAAAAAAGCAACGGUCUUGCCACUUUGGAAUCGUUCCUCGCUUAG